UGUCUAAACCGGGCGAACCCUUGUGGCCGUCGCCGUGGGGUAGGGGUCGUCCCGGUUGGCACAUAGAGUGCUCAGUGAUGGCCAGCUCUCUGAUUGGCGCCCAAAUGGACAUACAUUCGGGUGGAUAUGACCUGAAGUUUCCGCAUCACGACAACGAAAUGGCUCAGUCGGAGGCCUAUUACGACACCGGCCGGCCGUGGGUUCACUACUUCUUACAUUCCGGUCAUCUCACGAUAUCGGGCUGUAAAAUGUCGAAAUCGCUGAAGAACUUCAUCACCAUUAAGGAGGCACUGACGAGGAAUACGUGGAGACAAUUGCGGUUCGCAUUUCUUCUUCACUCGUGGAAAGAGACCCUCGACUACAGCGACAACACUAUGAGUGAUGCCAUUCAAUACGAGAAGUUCGCUAAUGUAUGGCCAGACACGACCCAAACACCACUUCGUGAGUUCUUUCUAACAGUGAAAGACUUGAUCCGUACGAGUGAUGCGUCGAUCGUAAAGUGGACUCAAAAGGAACACCAAUUGAACCAAAAAUUCCAAGAGUCGAUCGAUUCGGUGGACACUUCUCUGUGCGAUAAUAUCGACACUCGGAGUGCGUGCGAACACAUCCGUCGACUCAUCGCUGCCUCCAAUUCCUAUCUCCAGGAGUGCUCGCAAUCACCGAAUGUAACACUCAUUACGAAUAUAAGUGUUUAUAUCACGAAUAUAUUCGACAUUUUCGGUGUCGGCGCUAAAGACCAGACCAUAGGCUUUACCAGCGAUGGCGCCGAAGCCGGCGGUAAUCGGGAGGCGAUUGUUAUGCCAUUCCUCGAGAUAAUUGCCGAUUUGAGAGAGAAGUUGCGCUCAAAAGCUAUGGAUUUAAAAGACAAGGAAUUGUUGCGAAUAUGCGAUGAAUUAAGAGAUGAGAUAUUACCAGAAGUUGGCGUUCGACUCGAAGAUUACGAAUCGGUGGCCGGUGUGACCAAAACGCGGCUAAAACUGGUCGAUAGGCAGACGUUAAUGAAGGAAAGGGAGGAACGACUCAAAGUAGAGGAGAAUAAGCGCUUAGAAAAGGAACGGAAGGCCGAAGAGAAGAGAUUGGCGGACGCGAAGAGGGCUGAGGAGAGCAAAGUGUGUCCACUCGAUAUGUUUACCGCAGAAACGGAUAAAUACUCGGCGUUUGACUCGAAAGGAAUGCCGACUCACGACUCGGACGGCAAAGAGUUGGCCAAAUCUGCCCUCAAAAAGCUCUCAAAACUAUAUGCAAUUCAAGAGAAGAAACACAAUGAAUGCGUUAAAUGUAAAGCUGUU